CUAUAGUGACCAUAAAUGUAUUUAUCUCAAAAUAAAAGUCAGCAUGCAUCUCCUAUAUUGCUCAAAAUAGUAUGUGUAAGAAUCUCUUUCCACACGCGUCUCCUUUGCCGGCCUCCUUUUUGCUUUGCUUUGCCCUCCUCUCUACGUACUACACUCUCGUCUCUUCUUUGCACAAAAUCGUUCGCUAGCUACCUUUACUUCUUCUCGAGGCUACCAGCCAGCAGAAUCGAAUUCCUCCCCGUACGUCGCCGUGGCCGUCGCUCCACCGUUGCCAAGAACGGCAAGCUCUCUCCGGAUUGGAGUGGUUCAUUCCCCUCUGGGAAAAAGAUAACGGUUGUUUUUGUCAUAGGAGGGCCAGGUAGUGGCAAAGGCACUCAGUGUGCUAAGAUUGUGAGCCACUUUGGGUUUACCCAUCUGAGUGCUGGCGAUCUUCUUCGCGAAGAAGUUAAAUCUGAUACCGAGCAAGGUACAAUGAUCAAGAAUCUCAUGCACGAAGGAAAGCUUGUGCCUUCUGAGAUCAUUGUCAGGCUACUAUUAAAGGCCAUGCUUGCAAGUGGAAAUGAUAAGUUUCUUAUUGACGGAUUUCCACGAAAUGAAGAGAACCGCGAAGCAUACGAGAAGAUUAUUAAGAUAGAACCUGAGUUCGUAUUAUUGAUUGACUGCUCAAGGGAGGAGAUGGAGCGGCGCAUUCUACAUCGAAACCAGGGAAGAGAUGAUGACAACAUGGAAACCAUUCGGCGGCGGUUCGAAGUUUUUCAGCAAUCAACUCUGCCUGUUAUUCAGCACUACGAGAAAAUGGGGAAGCUUCGAAGGGUUGAUGGUGACAGGCAGCCAGACAUGGUGUUUGAAGACGUGAAGGCCGUCUUCGCACAACUAAACACACAGGCAAACCAAGGCAGCAACGUGAGCAGAGCACAAACUAAUCCAUUCAAGCGCUGGUUUCUCGACCUUUUCUGCAGUUGCUUCGAUGUGGCAGACAGAAGGAACUGACCAUCUACACUAGUGUGGCACCCUUCAGUCCUGGAUCAAGAAUUCAAGAUGGAGCAGCAAGCAAGUACAGCAAAAGAAACUGUUAGUGUUGUGAUGUGAUGUGUUCAUCUGGUGUGCUGUGAGCUCGAUUAAGCUGUGUGAAUUUGAUCGUGUCAACGUUUCAACAAAGAUUGUCCCUUCCAGCUUCAGUUUGUACUGAAUUUGAUCGUGUAAACAUUUUAACAAGGAAAUGCAGGCUUUGUUCUUCUUCGA